UAGAAACCAGAGGGGGAAUCGGGGAACGGAUGUGUUGCUGGUUGCCAACCGGGCCCUCUCGUUGAGGCUACAGUUUGCUCCUACAAAUCUGUUCUAGGUGCUGUAGCUCUGUGUGUGCCUUCCUGUCGGAUGCACUGUGCAAUUAUCAACCCCACGCAGCUCCUUCGCUCAGCGGCUGCUCGUUCACGGAAACUGCAGGCGCACGUCGUCCGGGGCGUCUUUUUGUAGUUUGAAGGGCAUGUCAGCAGGCUGCAGUUUCAGCCUAUGUAUGUCCUCGGUUAGACACACGGCUCUGGGAGAUGUAGCCUGCCUGGUGAUAAACCUGUGGUCAGCAUCGCUUUAAGCCCACCUACCUGCCUGCGCCUCCUCUCCACCAAUCCACCGACUGAGGAAGGAAAGAAGGAAGAAAAGGAGGAGUGAGAAGAGAUGCCGAUGGUGACUCGGAGGUGGCAGCACAGGAAAGUUCACUGUGUUUCUCUGUAACAGGGAGUGAGUCUUAUACAUUUUCCACCCAGACCUCGGACUGAACGACCCGUACCUGCACACAGGGUGUACCCAGCAGAACUGCCACGGACCUUCGCACUGAAAAACCCGAACAGAAAUGGACCAACAUAACUUGAGGCAAAGCAAGAGACAAAAACAGGAGUCAAGAAGCAGAGCAGAGGCUUCAGCCCCAGCUUCAGCUCCAGCUCAAGCUGCAGCCUCAGAUGGACCCAACAAUCCCACCACCCGUCAGCCUCCGGUUCCCUCCAGGCCUCCGCGGCCCCAGAGAAGUCCCAGGAUUGAGGCAUCUGUAGAUAUUUCAGAACCAACUGAACCCAGAGUUGAGCCCAAAGCUGCACCCAAAACUGAGCCCAAAGCUGACCCCAAGACUGAACCCAGAGUUGAAACCAAAACUGAACCCAAAACCGAACCUGCUCCACAAACUAACCAGAAUGAGACCACUCCUGACGGCAGUGUGGUAAGCCAGCCCAAACCCUCUCCCCAGACCGAAGAGCAAACUGGGCUGAGUGUCAAGGCGGGUCCUAAAGGUCCAGGUCACCACCCGGUCAGAGCUGCAUCCGUGCCCCAACCACCUCCUAGCAGACCUGUGCCCUCUCACCUGAACCCACAUGCGCAGAGAGCCCUGUCCUUGGCGGGCACCGCUGACACUCUGCCUCAGGUUCAGGAGGAGUUCAGGGUGCACAUCAUCACCUGGAAUGUGGGCUCCGCCACGCCACCUGAAGACAUCACCACUCUGCUUGGACUGAACGUGGGAGAUGGAAACACAGACAUGUACAUCAUCGGGUUGCAGGAGGUGAACUCCAUGAUUAACAAAAGGCUGAAAGAUGUCCUCUUCACAGACCAGUGGAGCGACGUCUGCAUGGAGAGACUGAGCCCCUUUGGUUAUGUGCUGAUAACAUCCGAGCGAAUGCAGGGCCUGAUACUGCUGGUCUUUGCGAAAUACUUCCAUCUGCCUUUCCUCCGUGGAGUCCUGACAGAGACCACCCGCACAGGAAUGGGGGGUUAUUGGGGGAAUAAAGGCGGCAUUAGUGCCCGAAUGACCGUGUUUGGCCACAGCAUCUGCUUCCUCAAUUGUCACCUGCCUGCUCACAUGGAAAACCAGGACGAGCGUAUGGAUGACUUCGAGAGCAUCUUGCAGCAGCAGCAGUUUGAUAUCCAGGGGCCCACUGGUGUUCUGGAUCAUGAUCUUCUGUUCUGGUUUGGGGAUCUUAAUUUCCGCAUUGAAAAUCUGGAUAUCCAAGCUGUGAAAUCAGCGAUCGAGAACAACAGAUACGCCAUGUUGUGGGAGAAGGAUCAGCUAAACAUGAUCAAAGACAGUGAGACAGUGUUGGAGGGAUUCGAGGAGGGGCCGCUGAGAUUUCCUCCCACCUAUAAGUUUGACGUUGGAACGAACACAUACGAUACAAGUGGGAAGAAGCGUACACCAGCUUGGACUGACCGCAUCUUGUGGCGCCUGAGGGCCACGGCACCAGCUGCUCAGACAGUGGAGAGGCGUGUUUCAGUGUCAGGGUUGACCAGAGGGAUCAAAGUGACGCAGCACUGCUACCGAAGCCACAUGGAGUACUUAGUCAGUGACCACAAGCCGGUGUCGUCCAUCUUUACCCUGGAGUUUCCAUACAGGGUGGAUAUUCCUCUGGUCACUCUCAUAGUGGAGGAUGAGUGGAAGAGUGUAGAAGAUGCAAAGGUGAUAUACAAACAGAUGCCCAACUACUCUCGAAGCAGUUGGGACUGGAUUGGAUUGUAUAAGGUGGGUUUCAAGCACCACAAAGAUUACGUGGGAUACAUGUGGGCUAAGAAUGAGGACGCAAAUGUUUACACCCAGGAACAUCAGAUAAACUUUACAGAGGAGGAAUUACCCAAAUUCUCAGGGGAUUUUAUCUUGGGUUACUAUAGCAACAACACGAACACCAUUGUGGGUGUAACAGAGCCAUUUCAGAUCUGGCUGCCCACUGUGGAUGAUUCAGGCAGCUCUUCAGACAGCUCUGAUGCCAGCUCAGAAAAUGACAGCACUGUUGUCAUGAAGUUGUUGACCCGCAGUCCAAGUGUACUGCGCAAACACAGCCGCAGCCGCAGCCUCAGCCGCAGGCAAAGCCAAAGCCAAAGCCAAAGCCGCAGCCGUAGCCGUAGCCAUAGCGGAGGUCGUCCCGGGAAUAUCGCUGGCAACUUUUUGAGCAACCUCGCUGGCAACCUUUUGAGCAGCCUUCCUGGCAACCACCCUGGCAACCAGCCUGCCAGCCACCCUGUCAACCAGCCUGCCAGCCACCCUGUCAACCAGCCUGCCAGCCACCCUAUCAACCACCCUGGCAGCCGCCCUAGCACCCGCCCUAGCAGCCCUACAGAGCUCAGGAUGAAGGAGCUCGGUCUCACUGAUGGCACCGCUGCAGGGAACGAGCCUACGGGACACUCGGCAGACGGCAGCCACAGUCACGGGGCAACAGACAAAAACAAGGAGUGUUCAGGAAUGUGAUGCAACAAAAGCCCGGCUGCUUUUACAGGUUAUAUAACCAACUGUUGUGUCUUUAUUUCAUACAGUCACUGCUCUGUAUGUUUUCUGAGGAAAAUAUACAGUUUAUAACGCCAUCCUUUUCAGAAAUAGUCAUCUGGUUGGUUAAAAUGUUUCUACUUGCUGUUGAGUUGUGCACUUGGCAUAUUGUUGUUUUUUUUUUGUAUAUCUUUCACUCUGUCCGGUGUUUUCUCUACCUUUGUCCGUUCUCAGGUGUGGACAGUACAGGGAGCUCACAACUUGCAUUUAGAUUUUCUCACAGAUUCUCAGUUAUAAAGUGACACACACUCCAUCAUCACUUUUCACAACAAUAGUUGAUCUGCCAAGUCGUUGGGUCAGAAAAGUUCAAAUCAGCAACAGAAAUAGAUAAAAAGUAAUUUAAUUAUUGACCUUAAGUCCUGAAGCAAAUCUAACUUGUUAGCAGUGCAUUAUAAAAGUAUCUGUACUUCCUGAACUUUUACACAUUUUAUCACAUUACAGCCGCAAACUGCCAUUUACUUAUGGCAGUUUGCUAUGUUAUUUAUUUGAUAUGUUAUUUUUUACAAAUACUGUUUUUUAUUACCAUUCCCCAAUACUUUAUUUUUCACAAACCACUUUUCCAUGUAAUUACACCUGCAACAGUAGUGGUGGAAAAAUUUAGUUUAGAGUUUCUGUUGAUAGCUGGGGAAAUUAUCCACAUAUGAAUCGUAUAUCACACCUAGUUAUGAAAUGAUUUCCGAGUCUGGUUGUAAGUCCUGCUUCUGGCUGGUUGCAUAAACUAUACGUCAUCGCUGCAUCUCUCCAUUGACCUGCGAACCUGGCUUGUCCCUAUGCAAGUCAGUUAAUACAAGUCUGUGACUGCCUCACUUGCCUCAUCACAUCUGUCUUUUAACAAAACUUGGAGGCUUAGGCGACGCCUUAAUCCUAAUCCAGCUUGGAUUGAAAUGCUGGAAGGUGAGCCUCUGCCCCAGUCUCAAGUUUUUUUCAGGAACAAAAAACUUGAACUUUUGGUCUGAUUUGACCAGAGCACCAUCUUUCACAUGUUUUCUGUGUUCCAGACAUUAAUUUUGGCAAACUACUUAUGUCUUUGGGCUACUUUAAAUAAUGUCUUUAUUUAUUUUCUUACUGCUUUUUGACUUGGUCCAGAUCUGUGGAGUCCACUUCUAAUAGUUUUUCUGUCAACAGAUUUGCCCAUCUGAACGGUGGAUCUCGUCCACAGUUACCAUAGGCCUCUUGGCUGCUUCUCUGAUUAAUGUCCUCCAUAUCAGACCUGUUACUCGGUGGAUGGCUUCAACUUGGUUGAAGUACAGUUUUGCUAUUCUUUGUUGUACAUGUUUUAAACAGUACUUUUUGAAAUGACCAAAACUUCACCAUAACCUUACCUCUGACCUGUCUAUGAUGUUCGGGUUUUCAUGAUGUUCCAUCAACUUUCUCUAGUGAGCCUCUGAGGCUAUAAUUUCCCUCCCAGCUCGUCUUUGUGUAUCAUGAAAUGUCCCAAUAAAAUACCUUAAAUUUGCGUUUAAAACUAAAUGUGAAAUAGUUAAAGGGAUAUUAAUACUUUUGCAAGACACUAAUCUCAUUGCCUGCAUACAUCACCCAUAGUAUUAGUGUCUGAAAGCUGCCAAAGCUGCAUGACUUGGGUAAAAUGGAAAAAUGUUCAACACAGACGGUUGAGAUGGUUCUUCUGAGUCCUGAGCUUUAUUGCUUUCUGCAGCAAGAACAGCACAUCAGAUCCCUGUGUACUCUGUGCACUACUCUGAAGAUUCACACAGUCUUUUAACAGUUUUCUACACACACCCACAAAAUCACACAAUCCUCAACACACAUUAAAUCACUUUUGAAACUCGUUACCCCUUUGAUUAAAACUCAAUUCUGUCUGGCCUCGCAACACAAAUUAAAGAGUGUAUCAACUCUGUGUUUGCGCUCUCUGAGCACGUUAUCGCACUUAUGAAAUCACAAUUCACUUAGUUAUCCAACAUGUUAAAAGGUCUGCGUGUCAUACUAUUGACUGGUGCCACUUAUUUUUGCAUAGAGAAACAUACACAAUUUCUAUCACACUUGCCUUGUGGUCCAUAUUUUGACCCAUCAGUCAUAAAAUAUGCAGGGAGCACUUCUUUUAGAAGAGAUGCAUUCUUCCUGGGUGCAUUAAAUCAGAGAAAGUGGAUCGGAGGCAGUGAUUCAGUAAGCUCUCAGAUGCACAACACAUUCUAGUCUAAAGAGUAAGAGCGUGAGCGCCCUUACAUAGAUGGCUGUACAGUCAAUAGCAGGAUGCUGCGGGUGUGGACGGAGGUGUUGGGUGUCACAGCACAGCUGUCCCACCAGAACUGAUUGAGUAACGACUGACCAGGCCUGAACUACAGAGGCGAUAACUGCAGCAAUACCUGAGCUGAUCCAGUGUGACGCAUUUAUGCACACACACACACACCCCCUUCCCCCCUUGAACUUCAUAGGAUUUGUUUUAAAAGCUUUUUUAAGAGAACAAAAUUGCAUUGUUUUAAUUGGAUUUUAAGUCUAUGUUAAAAUAAGAAAUAUUUAAAUCAUGUUUUUGCUCAAACUCUGAAGUUCAAUCUGGACUAAUUUUACGAAAGUGGGCAGGACAUUUGCUGGAUUGACCUGCUAGAGAGAUUCUUAUGUACCUUUAAGUCCCAUCAAGCAAAGACGAAAUGCUUAACUGUAGAUUAAUAUGACAGUGGGAGUACAGUAGAGUAAAUAAACUUUCCUUGCUGAAUGUUUUAAUUUUUGAAAAUAUGAAAACUUUUUUUUUAAUAUAUAUAUAUAUACAUAUACAGUAUAUAGUUAAAGCUUUUUUCUUUCUUGCUCAGAUCUUUCCCCCUUUGAUUCUAUUAAUAAGAUGGUGACAACCGUAGUCUCAGUCGUGGUGUUUUAUAGUUACUGUGUGAUCUCUGAUGCACCGUUUUAGACGUGUAACUUUGGGGCUGUUAGAGUAGGUCUGUGCUGUGGCCGUAAUUUGUGUGUGUAUGUCUGUAGUUAGUUGUUUGUGUAUGUGUUUUUCUGAAAGUGUGCGAGUGUGUGCUUUGGAUGACAGAUGUGUGUGUGUGUCUGAGUUACAGGGGCCGUGAAUGGGACUGGGGCUAUACUUGCAUGGUUUGCCUUUUGGACAUACCGUACAUUCCUGUACUGUUGUUUUUGUGCCGUAAAGUGCUGUUUUUGACUCCUCUUUGUCAUAUCUGUGACUGUGAAGAUUCUUAGAAAAACGUGGUAAAGACGGUAUGAAUUUUUGACAUCGAUAUUAAAUGUUAGUGCAAGAAAAAAUAUGGGUAGUUGUACUCGGAUAAAUUUGAGAUUAAAUUAAUCUUUUCAUGUAUUUUCCUGAUUUUUGAAAGGGAUUAAAAAAGCAACCUACUGGACGUUUCUUUGACAUGAAAAUUAAUUGUCCAGGUUUAGAUAAUUUAGAUGCAAUCAAUACUGCAAUCAUGAAUGGUGACUAUUGUGAAAUCUUUGCUGAAUGUUCCUGUUUUGUAAUUGUGUAGGUUAAAUAUAGAAAAUAUGAAGUAUGUUGAGAAAAAUCAAACAUAUAUAUAUACAUAAGAGACAAUCUAUACCAUAAAGAUUAUUUUACUUAAAUUAUGUAUUUAUUUUCCUAUUUAACUUAAAUUCUGCUGGCCAGUUACAGAGCUUUUUUUCAGGGCAAGUGUCCAAAUUAUAUCAGAGAUAAUUUAUUUUAUUUUUACUAUAGAGAUGAUUUCUUUCCAUUUUAGUAAAUUAAAACUCUUCUGUCAUAAUUGUAGAUGGUUUCGUCUACGUGUGUUUAAAUAAUUGUGAUUGAAUGACAACAAAAUUCUUAAAACCUGGAUUGCUGAUCUAUGAAAAUGUUUAAAUUCUGCGAUCAAAGCAUUUCUGUUUAUGAAUUUGUUGCUUUGUUCUCCAAUAACAAAUCUAGUGCAACACGAUCCAAAGGAAUAAAUUACGAUCUUUUAAAUUA